CCCCCCCCUCCCCCCCCCCCCCCCCCCGCCCCCCCCCCCCCCCCCCCCCCCCCCCCCCCCCCCCCCCCCCCCCUCCCCCCCCCCCCCCCCCCCCCCCCCCCCCCUCCCCCCCCCCCCCCCCCCCCCCCCCCCCCCCCCCCCCCCCCCCCCCCCCCCCCCCCCCCCCCCCCCCCCCACCCCCCCCCCCCCCCCCCCCCCCCCCCCCCCCCCCCCCCCCCCCCCCCCCCCCCCCCCCCCCCCCCCCCCCCCCCCCCCCCCCCCCCCCCCCCCCCCCCCCCCCCCCCCCCCCCCCCCCCCCCCCCCCCCCCCCCCCCCCCCCCCCCCCCCCCCCCCCCCCCCCCCCCCCCCCCCCCCCCCCCCCCCCCCCCCCCCCCCCCCCCCCCCCCCCCCCCCCCCCCCCCCCCCCCCCCCCCCCCCCCCCCCCCCCCCCCCCCCCCCCCCCCCCCCCCCCCCCCCCCCCCCCCCCCCCCCCCCCCCCCCCCCCCCCCCCCCCCCCCCCCCCCCCCCCCCCCCCCACCCCCCCCCCCCCCCCCCCCCCCCCCCCCCCCCCCCCCCCCCCCCCCCCCCCCCCCCCCCCCCCCCCCCCCCCCCCCCCCCCCCCCCCCCCCCCCCCCCCCCCCCCCCCCCCCCCCCCCCCCCCCCCCCCCCCCCUCCCCCCCCCCCCCCCCCCCCCCCCCCCCCCCCCCCCCCCCCCCCCCCCCCCCCCCCCCCCCCCCCCCCCCCCCCCCCCCCCCCCCCCCCCCCCCCCCCCCCCCCCCCCCCCCCCCCCCCCCCCCCCCCCCCCCCCCCCCCCCCCCCCCCCCCCCCCCCCCCCCCCCCCCCCCCCCCCCCCCCCCCCCCCCCCCCCCCUCCCCCCCCCCCCCCCCCCCCCCCCCCCCCCCCCCCCCCCCCCCCCCCCCCCCCCCCCCCCCCCCCCCCCCCCCCCCCCCCCCCCCCCCCCCCCCCCCCCCCCCCCCCCCCCCCCCCCCCCCCCCCCCCUCCCCCCCCCCCCCCCCCCCCCCCCCCCCCCCCCCCCCCCCCCCCCCCCCCCCCCCCCCCCCCCCCCCCCCCCCCCCCCCCCCUCCCCCCCCCCCCCCCCCCCCCCCCCCCCCCCCCCCCCCCCCCCCCCCCCCCCCCCCCCCCCCCCCCCCCCCCCCCCCCCCCCCCCCCCCCCCCCCCCCCCCCCCCCCCCUCCCCCCCCCCCCCCCCCCCCCCCCCCCCCCCCCCCCCCCCCCCCCCCCCCCCCCCCCCCCCCCCCCCCCCCCUCCCCCCCCCCCCCCCCCCCCCCCCCCCCCCCCCCCCCCCCCCCCCCCCCCCCCCCCCCCCCCCCCCCCCCCCCCCCCCCCCCCCCCCCCCCCCCCCCCCCCCCCCCCCCCCCCCCUCCCCCCCCCCCCCCCCCCCCCUCCCCCCCCCCCCACCCCCCCCCCCCCCCCCCCCCCCCCCCCCCCCCCCCCCCCCCCCCCCCCCCCCCCCCCCCCCCCCCCCCCCCCCCCCCCCCCCCCCCCCCCCCCCCCCCCCCCC